AUGUCAGACUUCAGCGACAACCAAGACGCGGUACUUGUUCGCCUGGUGCGUCCGUACCUGCAACAGCAGCAGACCAUACAGUGGGACACGGUGGUGAAGCGAAUGCGCGUGCAGACGAAGUCGAAACAAGCACUUUGGGAACGUCUCAAGACUCUCAAGCAGACCCAUGGCAAGCUACUCGACCGUUUCCCAGCAUCAUACUUCCGCACACAUAGUGCCUGGCAACCUACCCUGCGAUGCCCCCCUCAGCCUAUUACAAAAGGCAUUAUCAGCGCCCAGCCACGUACUCGACCUUCCCGACAAGCGCACGUUAUCACUGAGGCUGUGUUUCGCGGUGUAUCACAGCGUGAUGUCCGACAACUUCCUGGGAAGCCGCAUUUCAAUGCUGGGGAAAUCGCCUCGGGGGGCGUGACAAUGUUGCUGAAAGUACUGAAUAUCGGCGCGGGCGCUACGUUUGGAGAUAUUGGGUGCGGCAUUGGUAACGUCCUAGUUCAAGUUGCGCUAGAGUCCAGUGUCAAGGCGUGCAUCGGUGUCGAAGUGAGGGAGGAGCUGGUAGCCGCAGCGCAUAGCGCACUACUUAGUAACUCAACUAAGUACCCCGAACUACUUCGCGUCUCUAUUUACCAAGUUGAUAUCUGCAAUCUGGCCGAGGGUGUGUAUCGCGCGCUUUCGGAUUGCUCGGACGUCCUGGUGAAAAACAUCGUCUUCGCGGAAGAAGCCAAUUUAGCGCUAGAGCAGUUCUUAUGUAUGUCGACGGUCGCAAGUCAGGUGGUGUUAGGCCGCAAGAUGUGCCCGCGCCAUCGGAACUCAUGUGGUCAUGUGUUUUGCUUGCUAUGGGACUUGGUGCAGCCCGUUCAACUAGAAGUCGAGUGGGCCAGCAUCUCACAUGAGUUCUACCUGUAUCGACGAGCUCAACUUGCCUCAUUCUGA